AUGUCGAAAUCCUUCGUUUGCUUGGUUCUUUUGACUCUAGUAGCCACCUGCGCUCUCGGCAAAGCUCACAGCAAUACGCCAACCAAGUCACCGUCAUUUCCCUCUCCAACCACCGCUUCCACCGCUUCGCCACCAGCUUCUCCGCCGUCAACCGCCACUCCUUCUCCUUCUCCUUCAUCCCAUGAAUCUUCUCUGACUUCCUCUCCUACCAGUUCUCCUUCAAUUCCUCCUUUGGCUCCCACUACUAUUCCUAGCAUUGUUACUCCCGCUUCCUCCAUCAGUCAGACACCAAAUUUAUCUGCAGCUCCUCUUUUGAACGUCACCAUUGGAUUGGCCGUUGCAGUUAUUUUGGCAGCUCUUCAUUUGUUGACCAAGAUUUGA